GCUUCUCUUGGCGGAUGUCUUUGAAAAUUUUCGAGAUACUUGUAUGGAAAGUUACAAUUUGGAUCCAGCGCAUUAUUUCAUAUUACCAGGAUAUACGUGGGACGCUAUGUUGAAAUAUACGAACGUUCGAUUCGAUCUGCUCACGGAUAUUGAUAUGGUGAUGUUCGUAGAGCGCGGUAUACGCGGCGGGUUAAGCCAAUGCUCGAAUAAAUACGCGCGAGUUAAUAAUCAAUAUGAAUCAUCAUAUGAUUCGUCUCAACCGUCGUCGUAUCUUAUGUAUUACGAUGUGAACAAUCUCUACGGUUGGGCUAUGUGCGAACCUUUACCGUAUGCGGAAUUUCGUUGGGUCGAGAAUGUCGAGGGUUUCGAUAUUAUGUCCGUGCCAUCUGACUCCGAUAUUGGUUAUAUUCUAGAAGUCGAUCUCGAAUAUCCGCGACAUCUUCACGACGAUCACGCGGAUCUUCCGUUUUGCCCGACGCGCGAGAGACCACCGGGAAAUCGAAACAAAAAGCUACUCGCCACGCUCUACGACAAGUCGCGUUACGUGACGUAUUAUCGUAAUCUUCAGCAGUGCGUGCGACACGGUUUACGCGUGACAAAGAUCUAUCGCGCGUUGCAAUUCGCGCAGUCUCCUUGGUUGCGCGCGUAUAUCGAGCUCAAUACGGAACGGAGAACUCGCGCGAGCAAUGAGUUCGAGAGAAAUCUGUAUAAGCUGAUGAACAACGCGGUUUUCGGUAAAACAAUGGAGAACGUACGUAAUUACGUAGACGUGAGACUCGUGACGCGUUGGGAUGGAAGAUAUGGCGCAGAAGCGCUGAUCGCGAAACCGAAUUUUCAUAGUAGGAGCGUUUUCGACGAGAAUCUUAUGGCUAUCGAGUUACGCAAACUCGAGGUUCAAUUUAACAAACCAAUCUACUGGCACAGCCCACGUGUAUUUGCUCAACACAUCGAUAACCGUCAUCACAUAAUUGUAGCCUUUGUUUUGUCGCGCGUACGGACGCAUCUCAACGACAUCGGCCUGCCACAGGUCGUCAUAAUCGCGCACUACGACUCGACGACGCGGAAAAUUUCUUCGCGCGGGCUUAUGAAGCCCCUCGACGAGUCUCCUCUUCUCGACACUCAUCGUUGA